AUGUCCCACGCCUCCCUUUCCCCGGAAGCUUAUGACUUAGACCAAGAACAGUGGAACACUUCUGAAAGAAAGGGAUUGGUUUCGUCAAUUGCUUGUUCGAGUACUGCUCUUAGUUCUCCUUCGCAUUCAAAUCUUGAUGACACGAGACCCGACGCACCUUGGAUUUUAGCCUGUCCUGUUUGCGGCGACAAAGUUUCUGGUUAUCACUACGGUUUGCAAACCUGCGAAUCGUGUAAAGGGUUUUUCAAACGAACUGUUCAGAACAAAAAGUCUUAUCAGUGCACAGAAGCCGGCGUCUGUAUAAUCGACCGCAUCCAUAGGAAGCGCUGCGCCUAUUGCCGUUUCAAAAAGUGUCUUUCAGUUGGCAUGCGAAUAGAGGCCGUCCGCGAAGACCGAAUGCGCGGCGGUAGAUUGCGACGGAGCAAGUCGACUUCAUCGCCUCCUCCAUCCUCCCCUGAUAACGAGGGCAGCAGCGGAGUCGGUGGCGAUGGAGAGGCAGAGGAGGCUGAGGUGGCGGAGAACUACCCCAGCGAACAGCCCUCUCCCAUCGAGCCUACCUCUGCAACCACUCCUUGCCCCAACCAAGACGCUCCGACUUCCCAAAAGGCUUACUGGAACCCUCCCACAUCGUCAAACCUCUGUGGCCUUGAUCCGAUCAAUCCCCAGUCUGUAUCGAAAUCAGAAAAUUGGAGUGCAUCCAAAUCUGCUUCCUCAUCUUCCACCACCAUUACCGUCGCUGCAGCACCACCAAACGGGCCACUUCGUCCAUUUCUGCCAGCAGCAGCGACACCCACAUCCAGUCAUCACGCUCCAUACACACCCUGCUCCUCCACUUCAUCUGCUUCUAUCCCUGGGCUCUACGAGGGCUCCGCUCCAAAAAAGGAGGCCGUGCCUCCACCUGACAAUGGUGCCUAUCUCGCCCCAACCUCAAGCGAACCAGCACCAGAUAUUGCACUCCUUGGUGCCUCCAGUUCUGGGAGUGGGGGUCAGACGCCCAUCCCCUCGGCAGAAGAGCUUCAAUAUUACCCGCGAAAUACCUCAGCCUCUAGCACAAGUCAGUCAGGCGGAGUGAUGUGGUCUUCUAGAAAAUCGCCGACAUUUCGUCUCAGUGACUAUUAUCGGUCCGCACCUUCGCACUCGCAGUCCCUUAAGAGUAGUGGGCGAUUCGAUCAGGUCGAAGGCGGGGGCUUCUACACAGUUGAUAGCAGUAUGGCAACCGAUCCUGAGAAUUUAGAGGAGACACUGGAAGAGAUUGCCGAACUGGAGGGUGAUCUCUCCUCUGAAGACGAAGCUUCCAUGGCUGAGGGGGGUGGUGAAUUGCGAUUCAGCAAUGGCAUCAAGGCUCCAGCUUCAGCGGCUGCCAGUGUACCGUUCGAGGGAAUCAACUUUGCCCAACUAUUCUCAGCUUCGAAUGCCCACUCAGAGAAGCUUAUCGCCUUGGCCAAGCAAUUUUACCCUAAACUAAAGGAAUACUUGAUUCGGGCAAGCACACAAGCAGAGAUUGGUCUUAAUCCUGUGGAAGGUGGUUUUAUGUCCCCCAACAAUGGAGGCGGGCCGGAUGGUCUCAGUUUGGCUGCAGCAGCACCUGACAGUCCCCUUGAUAACAUUCUCUGCAAGCUUUCAAGUAUGCUUGAGGAUUGCCUCUUUCACAUGGUCGAUUGGGUUAACCGGACCGAGAUUUUUCGAGUGAUUCGGGUUGAAGACAAAAUGCAACUUUUGUAUAGUAGUUGGAGUGAAGUCAUUGUGAUUGAGUUCUUGCAGUGCGUGAUCCUCAACCUUCGAACGGAAGAUCGAUCCGACAUGAUGAAGGCAGGCGCAGACAGUCCACGAGAGCCCUCGAAUCGGGAUCUCCAUUAUCUUGUAAAGGAGUUAAUGGAAUACCUCCUCCCUCCCGAUGACGACAAUCAACGGAUUCGCGACUUGAUUGCUCGUUUCAGUGCCCUCGGUCUCUCCAGUCACGAGUUCACCUGCCUUAAGUUUCUGGUUAUCUUCAACCCUUACAAGCAUGUAGAAAUCUUCGCUUCCAGCGGUCGUGUGAAUGACCUGAUGAGGUCACAUUGCGCGUGUGUACCCUUCUACCGUCUUCUUCGUCAUGCGGGUGGUGUCGCUCUCGGGUCGUCUACGUACGCAUUCGCACGCGCCCGCUCUUCUUACACCUUCACAUCUUCCCUUAUCUUUUUUGCGUUCAAUUCCGUUCUAAUGUCGUUUCGCUUAGACGUCAAUCUAACCUCAAGUCUGGAAUAUGUACGGGAGGUGCAAGCGGAUCUGUGCCACUUCCUUCUGCGAGCAGCUCGACGUACUAUCAAACAGAGACCUCCCCCACCACCGGCCUUUCCGACAUUUCCCACUCAUGCUGCUUCCACUUUGGCUACAAUAGCAGCCUCGGAGCGGCUGGGUCGGCUUUUGUCGCACCUUACUGAGGUAAAACAUGUGGCCUUUCAAUUGGAGAGUUUCCUCGUGGCGCGCUACUACGCCAGCUGUAUUCCCAAUGAGAGUCUCCUCACUGAGAUGCUCUUGACAAAACGCGGCUGCGGCGGUGGUGGGCGAACUCCGGUUGCACCACCUCAACCGCAACCUACACCACUCACCCCGUCUGCACCAUCUGGCUAUGGGUUCGCUGCGAGUUUUCCACCGCCGCAUUUGAAGCGGGACCCCAACGGUUACACGCCUCUGCCCCCACCCCCGCCACCGUGGCGUCCUGGAAGUGGGGGCAGGGAAGACCUUCCGUCCACAUCCUAUCCUACCGCUGCUACGCCUGCACAGUACUUUCCCCCGACACCUCACUCCGUUGCGUCGUCAGACUACCAAUCAUCCCAACCACAACCACAAGACCAAAGCUUUUUUAUGCCCCCUGCUCCUCCUCCACCCCAGGCCCAGCAGCAGCAACAUCAACCGCACACCUCCUCUGCAUCAGUCAUUUAG